AUUAUAAAUAAAUUUUUGGUUCUAAAGAUCAUGUACAGAUUCAAGGUGUCUGCACCGGGCACGGUGCUUUUAUGUGGAGAAUAUAACAAAAGUUGUGUAGCAGCCGGCUUAGACAUGCGUACCGUACUUACAUUUUCUUCAUUUCCUACAGAAGUAGUUCCAAGAGAUUUUAUCGAAAUAAAAUUUUUCAGUAUCCGAUUACACAUGAAGAUACCUUUACGCAUAUUUCUCUUACAUUUUCAUAAAAAAAAUUACGAUCCGACACAUAAUCGUGAACAAUUGUUUCAAUCAGUAAAAAACUUUAUUAAAUUCUUGACGGGCUUUCCCGGCAAUUACGAUCCCAACAAUCACGCACAUCAGUUAAGCUUACAAGCUUUCUUUUUUCUUCUCGUUACUAUUAGCUAUCAAAAAGACUUCAUUAUAAAAUCAUCCUUCAUUGUGAAACUUUCAUCGAAAUUACCGAUUGGUGUAGGUCUGGGCAGUUCGGCCUCGUUUGUAGUAUGUUUAGCAGCAUGUUUUUGGCGUUGGUAUCUCCUGCAACAAGGAACGGUCCGCUACAUAUUUAAUUCUACAGAUCUUACAUAUAUCAUGGAAAGUGCUCUCUUUUGUGAGUAUAUUGUAUACACUUCCUCCAAUUUAAUCAACAUCUCAAUAUCUACAAGUGGUGUGGUAACAGAAUUUAAUGAGGAAAUGUCCAAGAAUUCUUUUGAUGUACCGAGCAUGAAGAUCCUGCUGGUUUUUUCGAAUGUUAGCAAGAAAAUCGAAAAAAGUAUAAAAAUAAUCGUGGAAGAGAAUUUAUCUUUUUACGUUGAUCUUAUUUUAAAUAGGAUCGAAACUAUAUCGCAAAAGUUUAUUCAAACCCUUCAGAAGAUUAAUGAAGAAACGGUUUCUUUAAAACAGCAAGAGAUAGUUGAAAUCAACUCAGUUUGUCUGAUAAAUUAUUAUAAAGAUUUAGUAGAUCUCAUUCAAAUGAAUCAAGGACUACUAAAAGCAUUAGGCACGUCACAUCCAAACAUAGACGGUAUUUGCUCAAUUGCGCGAGAUUCUUCGCUUGGAGCAAAAAUCACCGCCAGCUGCGUAGGUGGAUACGUAUUUAUUUUGCUGCUACCAAGCAACUCAGAUGAAUACAUCCAAGAUCUGAUCAAGAUAUUUGAGUCGCAUAAUUAUUCUACUAAGAUAGCUAGUUUGAAUUGUAGUGGAGUAAGAGUUGAAUAA